AGGCGGUGCCGCCCUUUGGCCCUCCAAGUUCCCUCUUGGGCAGAGCGCCCCGCAGUCCCCGGGUAAUGGCUGCGACGCGCCCGGCACCCCGCGCCGGGGAGAUCUUCACCACGCUGGAGUACGGGCCGGCGCCGGAGAGCCACGCGUGCGCACUGGCCUGGCUGGACACCCAGGACCGGCACUUGGGUCUCUAUGUAAACGGAAAGUGGUUAAAACCGGCGCACAGGGAUUCCGUGCCUUGCCAGGACCCCAUCUCAGGAGACAGCUUGGCCAGUUGUCUCCAAGCACAGGCCGAGGAUGUGGCUGCAGCGGUGGAGGCAGCCAGGACCGCUUUCGAGAGCUGGAGCAGGCACCCUGGGGCCCUUCGGGCCCAGCUCCUGACCAGGCUGGCUGAGAUGAUCCGGAAGCACCAGCGGCUGCUGUGGACCCUGGAGACCCUGGUUACCGGGCGGGCUGUGAGGGAGGUUCGAGACAGGGAUGUCCCAGUGGCCCAGCAGCUGCUGCAGUACUAUGCAGGCCAGGCCCACACCCAGGAGGAGGUGCUGGCCGGCUGGGAGCCUGUGGGUGAGAGCAAGAGUCCCGGCCCCAGCCCCUCCUCUCUCAGACCCAGGGAUCCCAGCCUCAGCGGCACCCCCUCAACUCCUGACAGUACCAGCCUUAGCCCCACAUUUUCUCUUCCAGGAGUAGUUGGUCUCAUCCUGCCACCUACUUUCACCUUCCUUGAGAUGAUGUGGAGGAUUUGCCCUGCCCUGGCUAUGGGCUGCACUGUGGUGGUCCUCGUGCCCCCGGCCUCCCCGACACCCCUCCUCCUGGCUCAGCUGGUGGGGGACUUAGGCCAACACCCAGGAAUCCUCAACGUGGUCAGCGGCCCCGCAUCCCUGGGGCCCGUGCUGGCCGCCCAGCCUGGGGUCCGGAAGGUGGCCUUCUGCGGAGCCGUUGAGGAAGGACGUGCCCUUCGGCGGACCCUGGCCGGGCAGGGCGCGGAGCUGGGCCUGGCCUUGGGGACAGAGUCGCUGCUGCUGCUGACGGACACGGCGGACUUGGACUCGGCCCUGGAGGGCGUCGUGGAUGCGGCCUGGUCGGACCAAAGCCCGGGGGGCCUCAGGCUCCUUGUCCAGGAGUCUGUGUGGGAUGAGACCAUGCAGCGGCUCCAGGUGAGGAUGGGGCGGCUUCGGGGCGGCCGAGGGCUGGACGGGGCCGUGGACAUGGGGGCCCGAGGGGCUGCUGCGCGUGACCUGGCCCAGCGCUACGUGCAGGAGGCCCAGAGCCAGGGUGCACAGGUGUUCCAGGCUGGGGAUGUGCCCACAGGCAGCCCAUUCUAUCCCCCAACCUUGAUCUCUGACCUGCCCCCAGCCGCCCCGUGUGCCCAGGCAGAGGUUCCAUGGCCUCUGGUCGUGGCCUCCCCGUUCCGCACGGCCAAGGAGGCCCUGGCGGUGGCCAACGGGACGCCUCGGGGAGGCAGUGCCAGUGUGUGGAGUGAGAGGCUGGGGCAGGCGCUGGAGCUGGGCUACAGGCUCCAUAUGGGCACAGUCUGGGUCAAUGCCCAUGGCCUCCGAGACCCCGCGGUGCCCACAGGUGGCUGCAAGGAGAGCGGGUCUUCCUGGCACGGGGGCGUGGAGGGUCUGUAUGAGUAUCUGCAGCCCUCGGGGACCCCUGUCCGGCUGCCCUACCUGUCCAAGAACCUCAACUACGACACCUUUGGCCUUGCUGCCCCCUCAACCCUCCCAGCUGGGCCGGAAAUAGGGCCCAGCCCAGCACCCCCCUACGGGCUCUUCGUUGGGGGCCGUUUCCAGGACCCUGGGGCCCGGAGCUCCAGGCCCGUCCGGGAUCCUGACGGCAUCCUCCAAGGCUACGUGGCUGAGGGUGGAGCCAAGGACAUCCGAGGGGCCGUGGAGGCUGCUCACCAGGCCGCCCCUGGGUGGGCAGCCCAGUCGCCAGGGGUCCGGGCGGCCCUGCUCUGGGCUCUGGCAGCUGCGCUGGAGCGCCGGGAGUCCCCCCUGACCGCGAGGCUGGAGAGGCAGGGGCUGAAGCCUGAGGUUGCCAAGGUGGAGGUGGAGCUGAGCGUGGAGCGGCUUCGUGCAUGGGGGGCGCGGACCCAGGGCCACUCCUUGCAGGUGGCAGGGCUGAGAGGCCCCGUGCUGCGGCUGCGGGAGCCGCUGGGGGUGCUGGCGAUCGUGUGCCCGGACGAGUGGCCCCUGCUGGCCUUCAUGUCCCUGCUGGCCCCCGCCCUGGCCCACGGCAACGCCCUGGUCUUGGUGCCCAGCGGGGCCUGUCCCCUGCCCGCCCUGGAGAUCUGCCAGGACGUGGCGACCCUGUUCCCCGCGGGCCUGGUGAACGUGGUGACUGGAGACCGGGACCACCUGACCCGCUGCCUGGCCCUGCACCAGGACGUCCAGGCCCUGUGGUAUUUUGGCUCUGCCCAGGGCUCCCAGUUUGUGGAGUGGGCCUCCGCAGGAAAUCUCAAGCCGGUGUGGGUGAACAGGGGCUGCCCGCGGGCCUGGGAGCAGGAGGCCGAGGGGGCAGGCACCGAGCUGGGGCUGCGGGCGGCACGGACCAAGGCCCUGUGGCUGCCCAUGGGGGACUGAGGCCUCAGCACCCGCCACCCCAGCCUGGACGGAUGGGAGACGGACACCAGAUGCCUGGAACUUCCCUUACACUGUGGUUUCCCGUGCCCUCCAAUAAACCGUCUGACCCACGCUGGCUGUGCUUCUCAGGGAGGGGCAACAGCAAGUUCUGGUCUACUUGAGGCCAUUUUAGUUCCGACAUUCAGCAGCCCAGGGGCUGGCUCAAGUACAACACUGUGUUUGUGAACAGAUAAGGGAAGUCUGAGGGUCCCCAAAUGGGGCCUCCCAGCCUCCGGUCUCCGGGGUUCUCUGCUGACUUGUCUUGUGAAUCAGGGGUGUGCUGGUAGACCAGCUCUCCGGGAUAAAAUAAAAACCCUGAUGAGUAACUUCUGCCAA